AUGAUGACUCAGCCCGAUGACGAAGCCACGUGGCAGUCCUUAAUUGAGCAGUCCACGCACGAAUGUGAUCUGGAAAGUGCAAGGGAAGGAGGGAUGGGGAAGGUGGAUGAGUUGGAGGCUGUUUUAGAUUCACAAGAGGAGGACAUUGGUGGGGGCGGGAGGAUAAGGGUAGAGGAAGAGCAGGAAAGAGUGGGAAGUGAAGCGGAGGGGAAAGGGAAGAAGGGAGGAGAAGUGAGAAGACGCGACGAGGUGGGGAAUGAGGAGGGGGAAGGGAGGGAGAAGGCAGGAGGCAGUAGCGAGAUGGUGCAGACAGGUAUUGCAGGGAGAAGAGACGGGAGAAGAGAGGGGAGAAGCGAGGGGAGAGGAGACGGGAGAGGAGAGGAGGGUAUAGGAGAGGUGGGGAAAGGAGGGGAGGGUAGAGGAGAGGAAGAGAGAGGAGAGGAAAAGAGAGGAAAGGAGGAGAGAGGAGCGAAGGAGAGAGGAGAGUGUGCAAAGGGAGGAAGGGAAGAGGAGAGGUUGAGGGAAGGAGAGGAGAAAGUUCUAGGUGAUGUAUACACACGGUGUGUACAGGACGAAGGAGAUUCCUUGAGGGAAGGGACGGCGAUGGGAGAGUUUGACUUUGAACCGCCCUCCUUCUCCCUCCACGUGCAGCCCUCUGAUCUACAGGUGGAACCUGAUGCGAGGAUGAACUUCCUCCCCACACAGGGCGUGGACGCUCCCAGCUUCUCCUUGAAUUUUGAGGCGCCUCCUAAGUCCCCCCGUCACGUGCGGCCCUCUGAGGUUCGGAUAGAACCUGACGCUAUGAACCUCCUCUCCUCACAGGGCUUGGACGCUCCCAGCUUCUCGUUGGGGCUGGAGGGUUGGGAUGGGGAGGAGGACCCUUUGGAGGAUGGGGUCAUGGCAGAGAGGGACGGGCGGCAAGGAGCAGCAGAGAAAGGUUUUGGGUGGAGUCAAGGAGAGGUGGAGAGCACAGUGGGGGAUGGGGAAGGGAUGGGAAAGAGGGAAGCCUGGGAAGGGAAGCAGGGGGCAGUGGAGCAGCGAGUGGCAGUGGGAAGGGGCGGUGAGAGGAGACAUGAAGAUGCCGGGAGUCGUGAGGGUAAGAAUGCGUCUGGAGAUGUUGCUGCCGGGACGGUUGAGAGUGGAAAGAAGGUGAAGGUUGAGAUGUCUGUGUCUCAUGCUGCAGUUGCUGAUUUCGCUGCUGGUAGUGCUGGUGGUGCUGCUGUGAGUGGGGACGGAGUCGGACGGAGGAGGUUGAAGAGGCUGCGAAAGGCUGUAGAGGUAAGGGGCAGGGCGGGAGAGAGCAAGGAGGAGGAGAGAAGGGUUGAGGAGAGAAGGGUUGAGGAAAGAUGGAAUGAGGAGAGAAAGGAGGAGGGGAGAAGGGAGGAGGAGACAAGGGAGGAGAGGAGGAAGGAGGAAGGGAAGGAGGGGAGCCAGUCAGAGGCGCCUGUUAAAGCGGGCAUGGGGUUUGUGUGCUGUUCGCCUUCUCCUGUGCUGCUCUCACCAUCUGCACCAGCGUUAGCAGCAGCUACACCGUCACCCACGCGCGGAGCACACACAGCAGCAGCAGCAGCAGCAGCAGCAGCAGCAGCAGGCACAACAGGAGCAGCACGCAGCCCCCCAGCAUCGAAGCCGAUUUUUGAGGCGCCUCAAAAAACGCCACCCAGGCGCGGAGCACACACAGAAGCAGCACACAGCCCCCCAGCAUCGAAACCACCAGCAGCAGCAGCUUCUGCUACCCCUGCAGCACCAAAGUCAGCAGCACCAAGGGAUGCAGCAGCAGCAGCAGCAGCAGCAGCAGCAGCAGCAGCAACUCACCAUCGCUCAGCCAGCCAUCCGUGGCGUACCCCUGCAUCCCCGUUAAUGCCUGCUCCAGUACCGUCUAAGCGCCCCAUGUCCUGCCCAGCGAUGCCUAGACUACCUCAGACGUGGUUCCGGGCAGAUGAUGAUAUUGAGGAUGAUAUUGAGAUGGUGGGUGUGAGAGACAUGAUAGAUGUAGAAGAUAUAGAGGACACGCCUCCGGAGGGGCAAGAGGAAGGGGAGGCGGGUGAGAGAGGAGAGGAGGGUGAGGGGAGAGAGGAGAGGUGUGGAGAGGUGGAGGGGUUGCGGCGGCGGCUGUUCUUGGAUGGGGACGAUGAGGGAUGGGCAGCAGAUGUGUGUGAGGGGGCGACGGGAACUGGCUGCACCCAGGGACGGAGCUCAGUGGUUCAACCACCAAGUCGUUUCACUGACUCGUUGAAGCAACGACAGCCGCCUAAAACACAGACACCUGUUCUGUCGAAUUGCGUGGCAAGCCCAGGCAUCACACAACAGGCACCGGCUGCUCAACCACCUUCUCUGUCUGAUACCGUGCAACGUGCGACCCCAACCCAGGCACCGGCAACAACACCUGCGCCGUCGAGCACCAUGCAUCAGCCACCCGCAACACAGACACCGGCAACAACACCCACGUUGCCUGAGGCUACGAGGCAGCUGCUGCAGCGGCGCCUGCCGCACCUGCAGCUGGUGGGGUGGCUGGAGGAGCGCGGGUGCGACUCCAACGGUGACCCUGUUUUCAUCGACUACCGACGCCAGUUUGGUGUGGGACCGUCUGGGGGAGAAGAUGCGGACAGGGGCGGCCGCCCUUUGCCGCAUGCAAGUCAAGCGUAUGGAAAUGAGUAUGAGAAUGGUUGCUAUGAGGUCGGGGGUUCCGGGUUUCCAUGGCCGCAGCAGCCUGCUGGUGUUGCUGUUGGGAGUGGUGAUAGGAAUGGGGGGGGGAUGGGAGGGGAGGGAUUUGGAUGGCAGCAGCAGCUUUCCCAGCAGCAAGGGGGCAGUGGGAGGAGGAGAGGGAGUGGUGGUGGCGGUGGUGCUGUUGCUGCCAGGGCUGGUGGUGGUGGUGGCAGCAGCGGUGGUGGGGUGGUGGUGGCAGCAGCAGUGGUGGCUAUAGGUAUAGGAAGGGGUGCUGCUGCUAGCAGCAGCGGCGGUCACUGGGUAGCAGAGGGCGGCAAGAAGGUGAGUUAUCUGCACUGUCUCUGCUCCCAAUAUUGCAUAACCUCUGCUGGUGGCAGCAGCGGUGGCGGGUAUAGGAAGGGGUGUUGCCGGUAG